GUAUUUGUUAUUAAGACAUUUUUGUAAGUUCAUUGUUGUAUUAAGAAUAAAAACUCAUGUCUACAGAUUUCAUCAACCCGUCGACACUUUCAUUUCGUUCCUUGCUCGUGCAUGCUGGUUCUGUGGUGGUCCUCAGGACGCGCACGCAGGUGUCUGACGCGGUGCUCUUGUUGCAGGUGCCGGUCCCAGCUCCCCGCCCAGCAGCGCGGCGUCCCUCGGGGAGGAUCCUGCGGAGGUGUCCGUCAACGAGGGCUUUGAGCUCGACGAGCUCAAAAGGGAGCACGACGACGAUCAGCUGGGGCUGGUGGUGACGUCGUGCUUCUCGCUGCAGGACCAGCCGGACCACGCGGUGCCGGUCCCAGCUCCCCGCCCAGCAGCGGGGCGUCCCUCGGGGAGGAUCCUGCGGAGGUGUCCGUCGACGAGGGCCGCGAGCUCGACGAGCUCAAACGGGAGCACGACGACCAGCUGGGGCUGGUGAUGACGACGUGCUUCUCGCUGCAGGACGAGCGGGGCCUCGUGGUUGACGCAGUGAUGGGUGGCACAUUGUCGGCGAGGUGCAGCCCGAGAAGCGCGUCGAAGAAGUGGCGUCUCCUGUCAGUGUCGCAACGAAGCAGAGUAGCUCUGCCCUUCGGCAAGAAACACGCUUCGCUCACCCAGUGCAGAACACCCAGCAGGACGCCCAGAAGGCCCCGCGGGUGCUGCGAAAGAAGCAGCCAGAAAAGAAGUACACCGAAAUCGGGUGUAGAAGUAAAAGCAGUACCAGUGGCGCUGUGCAGGCGGACUCGAUCAAUCGCACCGGCAGGGCCUUCAAAUGCGAAGUCUGCGGGAAGAGUUUUACGCAAACGAGUCAUCUAAAGAGACAUAGGUUGUACCACACUGGUGAAGAGCCAUUUAGCUGUGACCUCUGACCCUCGCGUUUACUCAGAGAGGCCAUCUUGUCGAUCACAUGAGGGUGGCGAUCCCAGCUCCACGUCUAGUAGCAGUGCGUCCCUCUGGGAGGACCCUGCAGAGAUGUCGGUCGACGAGGGCCGCGAACUCGACAAGCUCAAAAAGGAGCACGACGACCAGCUGGGGCUGUUGGUAACGGACUGCUACUCGCUGCAGGACGAGCAAUGCCCAGUUGAGGACGCGGCGAGGGGAGGUCCUGGAGACUACGACGUGCAGCCCAAGCAGCGCGAUGAAGUGGCGUCUUCCCUCGGCGACGAAACCAGGCAGGGUGAUUCUACCGUUAACGCUCAGCCGGUGAUGAUCCACCAGCCGGACGCCCAGAAGGCCUCGCGGGUGCUCCGGAAGAAGCCGCUCGGCCGGAAGUACACCGGAAGCGGGAGUGGAAGUAACAGCGAUCGCAGUGGCGCUUUGCAGGCGAACACGAGCAACCACACCGGCAUGGCCUUCAAUUGCGAAGUCUGCAAGAAGAAUUUUGAAAAAGCGUCUUCUCUUAAGCGACAUAUAAUGUACCACACUGGUGAAAAGCCAUACGAGUGUGACCUUUGUCCCUUGCGUUUUACUGAGAAAGGUCAUCUUGUCGUUCACACGAGGACACACACUGGUGAAAAGCCAUUUAGCUGUGACCUCUGUCCCUCGCGUUUUACUGUAAAAGGUAAUCUUGUCGAUCACAUGAGGGUGCACACUGGUGAAAAGCCAUACAAGUGUGCCACGUGUAAACUGCGCUUUACUAAAAAAUGCCAUCUUAUCAGGCACAUGAGGACACACACUGGUGAAAAGCCAUACACGUGUGAUGUAUGUAACAAGGCUUUUAAUCAAAAAUCAAAUCUCAAUAAACACAAAACAAUUUGUAUUUCUGGUGCUCUUGUUCCAGGUGCCGGUCCCAGCUCCCUACCCAGCAGCGCAGCGUCCCUCUGGGAGGAUCCUUCUGCGGAGGUGUCCGUCGACGAGGGCGCCGAACUCGACGAGCUCAAACGGGAGCACGACGAUCAGCUGGGGCUGGUGGUGACGGCGUGCUUUUCGCUGCAGGACAAGCAAUGUCCAGUGGAGGACGCGGCGAGGGAAGGCCCUGGCGACGGCGAGAUGCAGCCCGAGCAGCGCCAUGAAGAAGUGGCGUCUUCCCUCGACGACGCAACCAGGCAGGGUGAUUCUACCGUUGACGUUCAGCCGGUGCAGAACAGCCAGCAGGACGCCCAGAAGCCCUCGCGGGUGUUGCGGAAGAAGCAGCUCGUCAGGAAGUACACCGGAAGCGGGAGUGGAAGUAAAAGCGAUCACAGUGGCGCUCAGCAGGCGAACUCGACCAAGCGCACCGGCAGGGCCUUCCAAUGCAAAGUCUGCGAUAAGAGCUUCGCACACGCGGCUUCUCUUAAGCGACAUAUAAUGUACCACAAUGGUGAAAAACCAUUCAGGUGUGACCUUUGUCCUAAGCGUUUUACUGAGAAAAGCAAUCUUGUCGAUCACAUGAGAAUACACACUGGUGAAAAGCCAUACAAGUGUGACCUUUGCCCAAAUCGUUUCGUACAGAAAAGCAAUCUUGUUAAGCACAAAAGGACACACACCGGUGAAAAGCCUUACAAGUGCGACGUAUGUAAAAUGUGUUUUACUGAGAAAGGUAAUCUUAUCAGGCACAUGAGGACACACACUGGUGAAAAGCCGUAGACGUGUUAUAUGUGUAUCAUGGCUUUUAGUAGUCGAAAUUCAAGGCUCAAUAAACACGAAACAAUGUGUA